AUGGCUCUUCUUCAGGCCAAUAAGGAUCUCAUUUCUACAGGAAUGAAGGAAUUUAAUGUUCUGCUGAAUCAGCAGGUCUUCCCUAAUCCUCCUAUACCUGAAGAAGCCAUGGUGACUAUGGUGGAUGACUGGGUGAACUUCUACAUCAACUAUUACAGGAAGCAGAUGGCAGGGGAGCAGCAAGAGCAGGAGAGGGCUCUACAGGAACUUGAGCAAGAGCUAAGAACUCUGUCUGCCCCUUUUCUGACCAAGUAUAGGGCAUUCUUGAAGUCCUUUUGA